CAUACAAAACAAGUAAAAUCGAACUGACUGCAACACAUAAGACAAAAUCGUCAUAAAUUCGUUUAAGUGCCGCAUUGAAAGAAUAUAGAAAUUGUAUGCGGAAAGCGUAAUCGCAUAUCAUUGUAAUUGACUGUGGCCAACGAAAAGUUGGUAUAUAUAUAAAAAUGUGGAGUGCAAUGAAGGACUUUCUUUACCGUCACCGAAGAAAGUUCCUAACUACUGGAAUAGUACUCGGAAGUGGCAUAUUCAUUAUAAAACUAAUUCAGUAUAAACUACGAGAAUUUCAGGAGCGACAGGCAAAGGAAAUCUCCGAACGGUUUAAGCGAAUGCAGCAUUUUGAAUCGACCGAACGAACCUGCAAUCAAACCAUCUUUGGACUAUCUUCAACUGUGUCGGAAAAAGUUUUGCGAAACUUGAACACCACAGCGAUACUCGAGAAAUUACGGUCUAAUCCGGACAACAAAUUUGAGUUAUGGGAAGAAUUAAAAAUAUUGGCGUUCACCAAAAUCGUCACAAUGGUGUACGCCUCAUCAAUGCUAGCCGUAACAUUGAAGACACAAAUACAUCUUUUGGGUGGUUAUCUUUAUAAGGAUACCGUGGACCAAGACGAUAAAAAAGUUUCAACAGACAUUCAGUCAACAUACUUAUCUAUGAUUCAAUAUUUUAUGGGAAAUGGUAUGGACAAACUAAUUGAUCUAAUUCGGAAAAAUGUGAGCAUUGUAAUGCAACGGUAUAGCUUGAAACAACAGCUUACGUUGGCUGAUGCGGAAACCUUGUUCUGGUCGAUCCAAAUGACACUCAAUAACGAUGAAUUCAACCCUACGAAGUGUAUAACCAAAUUUACUCUUCCCCAAGAUGGUCUCCGCGGAGAUAUUAUUGGAAAAAUGUACGACGAAACGUUGGAUGUUUUGGAAAGUGCCGAAGCAGCCGACGUUUGCCUGUCUAAUGUUACCAACGGGUUUUCAUUAAUUGUGGACAAAUUAGCUGAAUAUUAUGCCGAAGCCGAACAAGGACAAACAUCUGCGUCUACCACUAAGUCCUCGCUUAAUGUGGAUAAUUUGUCCAACAUCAAUCAUAUUAAAAUAUCGGUAGCCAAGCUCAUUCCAAUUGUCAAUGGACUAACGUCGAAGCCACUGGGCAGUUUGAGUACUUCACCUAACGGCAGCAAUGGGAUGAAUGGGUUCGAUCACCGACACAUUGACAUGAUAUCCUCUCUGGUAUCCCGUUUUAUGCAGUCGGAGAAGCUAAAAACCCUCGGUGUCAAUGUGUAUGAGACAUUCUGCCAGUAAGCAAAUUGCUGAAAAAAUAAAACAAACAUCCGUUCAAACCGGAGAAUCACAUUCGUGCGCUAGACUUAAGCUAUCUAUUAUUCUUUUUUUACGGUACUUGUCCUCGUAUAGUGAGAUUGGGAUGGAAAGGUUUUAUUUAUGGAUUGGAUUGUGCCAGCAACCUGAAUUUAAAUAUGCAGAUGAAAUAAAUGAUUAAUUAAAAACA